AUUUAAUCAUUUCACUCUUCAAUUCCCAUGAUGGCUCUGACCUGCCUUUGUGAGUCUGUGAAUGGAUCAGACCAGGAUUAUGUGCUCUGCAACAGCACUACAUUCAACUUUAUCGGCAAUGAGAGUGGACGCUGUCACCUUCAGACCAUGGAUGAAGUUCUGUUUAGGCUUCUGGGCCCUAGACGAUCUUCUUUCUUCUUCCCCGUAACCUUUACGUACAUCCUCAUCUUCAUCACAGGGGUCUUGGGAAACCUCCUCACUUGCACUGUGAUCACUAAAGACAGGAAGAUGCGGACACCCACCAACCUAUAUCUUUUUAGCCUGGCCAUCUCAGACCUGCUGGUGCUGAUCUUCGGCAUGCCACUGGAAAUCUACGAGCUCUGGCAGAACUACCCCUUCCCCUUUGGCGAAAGCAUCUGCUGCUUCAAGAUCUUCUUAUUUGAGACAGUUUGUUUUGCUUCUGUGCUCAACGUUACAGUGCUGAGCGUGGAACGCUACAUCGCUGUGAUUCACCCGCUCAAAACCCGCUACGCGAUUACAAACAAGCACGCUCAAAGGGUCAUCACUAGCGUUUGGGUUCUGUCCCUGAUCUGUGCCAUCCCAAACACUUCGCUUCAUGGCCUGCAGUACCAGUACCUGCCAGAGAGGGUUCUGGAAUCAGCUACCUGCAACCUGCUCAAGCCCAAAUGGAUGUAUAACUUGGUGAUCCAGGUCACCACUGUGCUCUUUUACUUCGUCCCCAUGAUGAUGAUCAGUGUGCUCUAUCUGAUGAUUGGUCUGACACUGGGCAGGGGACAGAAGCAGAGGAAGGACAAGCUGGACAAGAACCAAGACAGCUGGAAAAUCCAUCUGGACAGCAGACGGAGGAGGCAGGUCACCAAGAUGCAUUUUUUGGUUGUAUUAGUGUUUGCCAUCUGCUGGGCUCCAUUCCACAUCGACCGACUCUUGUGGAGCUUCAUCACGAGUUGGACGGACCACAUGCAUAACAUAUUCGAAUAUGUGCACAUAAUCUCAGGAGUGCUCUUUUACCUCAGCUCCGCCGUUAACCCCAUCAUCUACAACCUUCUCUCCAGUCGUUUCCGGGAACGAUUUCAAGCGCUGGUGUGCAGUCGCCUGCCAUCGAGCUCUUCUCGUAAUGACUCGACGCCUUUCUACAUCAUCCCCAAAGACCCCCCACUGAUCUCCAACAUUCAGGCUAAGAGCAGGAACGCGGACGGCUCACAUCCUUUUGUCAUUAUCAGCAGCAGGUGGGAACCAGAGAAUGAAUGCUUUCAUGUGAGACAACAUGAUCUGUGA